AGCCAUUUGUGGUUGUGGCAUAACAAGAAAUAAGGAUAUGGCGUCAUCAGGAAGCGGAAUCAAGACGCAAAAUUUAGAAAAAUUCGGAAAAUUGCUGACUAAAAAUAAUGAAACCGAGGAGGUAGAAGAUCUGACGAAACGAGAACGACCAGAAAGAGAUACAAAUAUUAUCUUGCACUACAGCGAUUUUAAGACUUCAUGGGACUGGGUGGUUCUAACAUUGACGUACUAUACUGCUAUCGUGGUUCCACUGGUUGCCGCAUUUCACAUAAAGAACAGAAGCAAAAACUGGUUGAUCGUCGAUAGUCUGGUUGAUGUAUUUUUUAUCCUUGACGUCACCGUCAAUUUUUACACUACCAGGGCAGGAUCGGAAGGUGAAAUUGUGACAGAUUUGAAAACAAUUAGAAUAAAGUACUUGAAAUCGUGGUUUUUGUUGGACUUGAUGACAUGCAUACCUUAUGACGCGAUCACUUUAUUAUUUGGCGAUAUUGAGGCAAAUGCACAAUUAUUGGGAGCAAUGAAAGUUUUCCGAUUAUUUCGAUUGUUUCGUAUUGCUCGUGAUCUAGACCGAUACCUCGCACAUGCAUAUGCAUCGCUUAUUGUACUGAUGAGCCUUAUUCUAUUGCUCUGUCAUUGGAUGGGUUGUGGAUGGUACAAUAUCGCUCUUAUAGAUGCAGCGAAUUAUAUAAAAAGUAUCGAUGCUACACAGUCUACUAUUACGGCGACACAACCGGACCUAACAACUCAGAGAGAGCUAGUCCUUUUAUCAACAACACCCAACCCAAGAUUAAAUCAUAUCGAAAAUGAUCAAAGUCGAAACUUGUUCAAUUGGAAUGACAUAUUUAAAGAUAGAAAUGAUAUAUUUAUUGAAACAGAAUUAGCGUUUGAACCACCGUUACGAAAUCAGAACAGAGACAUUGCUGGGAAUUUAACAACAGCGUGGGCUGAGAAACAAAAAACUCAAGCACCGGUUAGACCGAAAGUUCCUAAAAAUUGGCUAGUACGACUUGGAGAACAAAUGAAAAAUGAAUAUUAUUGGGAUUCGUCGCAGGAUGUGUUAGCAGGAGGUCCACCACUUCAAAGUAUUUACUCAUCAUGUCUAUAUUUCACCAUGACGGCCGUGAUUUCUCAGGGAUUUGGUAACAUAUAUGGAGAAACGCACAACGAACAGAUUUUCUGCAUAUUCAUUCUAUUAGUAGGAUGCCUUUUAUAUGCAACUAUUCUUGGUAACGUAACAACAGCUAUGGAAAACAUUAGUGCGACAGAAGAGCAGUUGAAGGAGACGAUGUCAUCCAUUGUAAAAUUUUCGGAGUUGUUUCAACUUCCAAAACAUUUGCAAGAUUCAAUGCACGAUUAUGCGUAUUUUACAUGGAAAGCCACGCACGGAAUAAGUGAAAAAAAGGUGUUGGACUGGCUACCAGAGCACAUGCGUCUCGACGCCAGCGUAUAUUUGCACCGACAUGUUAUGACAACGCAACCAGCGUUCAAGGUUUUGUCUGAAACUAGUUCAAGACAUAUCGCAUCGAGAAUGGAAAGAAUCCAUAUUGCACCUGGAGAUUUACUCAUUGACAAGGGAGAGGAGAUUGAAUACAUAUAUUUUGUUAUAUCAGGAUCACUGGAAAUUAUUCAAGAUGACCAAAUUGUCAGUCUUGUUGAAUCUUGCGACAGCUUUGGUACAACAUUUUGGGGUCCCGAAUCAAAACGAAGAAAAGGUGUUAACGUUAGCGAAUGUGCCGUUCAUGCUUUGACUUAUGUCGACUUAGAAAUAAUUCGCGGAGAAGAAGUACUUGAUGCGAUGAAGCUGUACACGGAUAUACAACGAACUUUAUUUCGAACUUUUCAGUUAUCUUUCGAUCUAACAAAAAAGCUCCAAUUCUCAACCGUUAAAUCAGUUCAUUGGCAAAAGAAGGUGCAAGAAGAUGAAGAAACAGCAAAGAAGGAUAGAAGAUACAAAACUUGGCUGAUAAAAACAAGGGACAGAAAAAAAUCAACAAACAAGAACCAAUCACCAAAUGAAGAAGACAUCAUUGACUUGGAAGUUGAUGAUGAUACCAAUACAUGUACCGAUGAGGAGGAAUCCACGAUUGAGGUGAAGGGAAUUUUAAAGAAAUCACGGGAGAAGACGAAACCCUUACCAAAAUUGUUUGCAAAACGUGAGAACGUGGUUAAACUAAUACCUCUAUCUUUGCCUUUGGAAGAGCACUAUAAAGAUCAAGCAAAUUUUAAUGCAAAGUGUGGCAAAGGGCCUGGGAUUAUCAUUUCUGCAUCUGUUUAUGACAUUUGGUUUAAUGACGACCGUACCACGGAAGUACGCCCACUUCCGGAUAUAAAUUUCAGUUUAGAAGAAGGAUACUGGAUGAACAUGGAACUACCGCUUGAGAUUAAAGAAAUUUUACUCGUAUUACUGAAAUUCAGAUCGGAAAGAAUUUCACGCUUAAAAGAUUUCAAUGAGAGACUAGAUAAGUGCGAAGAAAGUAUAUCACUGAUAAGUGACAUGGUUCAAAAAAUGUAUGGCUAGGUUAAUAUUGUGAAUGUUAUAAGGAUCCCGAAAAUGUUUGGCGAGUGAUACAAC